AUGUCAUUAAUUUCAAGUCAAAGUGAUUGGAAUUCUAAUGGAAAUGGAAACAAAUUAAUGGCCACCCGUUUUGGCCAAAUAAUUAAUUCUUUACUUGAAGACGAUAUUGUCAGAUCUCAUCAAUAUAAUGUUAAUCCUGGAGAAAUACCCCCUUCAUGUUCAAAAACAAAAUGUCCAAUGAGUGAACGUUUAAAACAAAUGGUUAAAUCAGAGGCUGAGAGGCGUGUAAAAAAUUUAUUGUUAGUUGAACAAAUGUUGGCAAAACAUUUUGACACAGACCCUCUCUACGAAAAUGACCCUUUGUCACAUCAAAAUUAUAUUAGAUUAUCACAACUUGACAAGCCUGGGGAAUUUUUACCAUCAUUUAAUUGGACUAAUUAUUUACGUUCAAUAUUGUCUCCAAUAAAUUAUAAAAUAAAUUGGAGAACAGAAAUUUAUGUUUCUGAAGUUGGAUUAUUGCAAAGAUUAGCUAAAACUAUAGAAAAAUUAACAGAUCAACAAAUUGCUGAUUAUUUAGAUUGGCAAAUAUUAUGGACAUUUUUGCCUCAAUUAGAUUCACGUUAUACCCAUCCAUAUGUUGAUGUAAAUAAAAUGAAAGAUUCUUUUAGCGUUAAAAAAUGCCCCAUGGAUAGGCGUUGGAUGAAAAUGGGAGAAAAAUGUAGAAAAUUUAUUGAAUGGUAUUUCCCACAUUUUCUCGAUCAUCUUUAUAUCAAAAAAUAUUUGGGAAGAGGGGUUAAGGAGCAAGUUAAACAAAUAUUUACUGAUAUAUAUGCUGCAUUUAAACAAAUGCUUGAAAGUAAGUAA